AUGCAUCAGCAGCCUCGACCGCGCGAGGCCAUCUGCGCACAAGAUAGACUGCGCGAACAAACACACGUCGUUGGCAGAACUACAGUCGACCACCACACAGAGCCACUGGUAAGUGCAUCCGCGGUACAGAGCGGCGGCAGCAGCAGCAGCAGUAUGAAUUCCCCUACCGCCCUCGAAAAGCAGCGCGGUCCGAAGCAAGUAGGCCAAGCGGACCAAGCGCAAGGAACAGACGACCGCAAGCACGCUUCAUCCUCUGUCGUCGCUGGCGGGAAUGGUAGCUCGUCUAUCCUUGCAUACCUUGGCGAGCUGGAGAGAUACGGUAAGCCGUUGUGCGCGCAGUUCGAGAACGUGAUGGAGCGAGCGGAAGGAUGGUGUGGAGGGGUUUUGGGCGCGCCUGUUGUGAAGGAUGCUGAUGGGGAGAGGAGGUUUCGGGGGCAAGAAGAUGCGGCAGGGCAGGAUGCGCGGUCGUUUCUCUUGGCUGGUAAGGGCAACACUGCGGUGCGUUAUCCGAAUGGUGGGGGAGACUCGGGUGGACUGAAAGAGAAUGAAGAGCAGUUGGCCAAUUUGAAGGCGGAAAGGGGAAGAUUUCGCGCCAAUGCCUCGGAUGCUGUCAGGAAACGAGCUCUGCGUGCGAGUUCUCGAAAGAGUUUCGACCCUCGGUUGCUACACCAUCUUCGCGACGGCGAGAGAAGAUGGGGAGGUGAAGUUCCCAGCUUUCGCGACGAGGGACCGCAGUGGAAGGAAGGAGCAUGCGCCAGCGCUGCAGCGGCAGCAUCCUCAAGCCAGCACCCACAUCCAUCACCAAUACCAAAACACAGUGCGGUCACCGCGGCGAUUGCCGAGUGUCUCGAAGGCACACCACUGGGGGAGUUCCAAGAAGUUGUCGAAGCGAGGCAGCCUCCUGCCACGCCAGACGAAGAUCAAGAUGUGAGCUCUCCAUCCACGACGCGGCUCGCGAAAUUGCAGAAGGCGGUUUGGCGUUGGUUCUUCUCUCACAACGCCGGAGAUGACGCAGAGGAAGCCAAGGCAAAUGCGCUGAUCGAGUCGUUGGACAGCAGCUUCGUCCCAACCUUGACCCUCCUCUCGCUGGAUUGCGACGACGAUAGUGACGGCACGGAGACUCACGUCACUGAGACGGAUGACCUGGACGAUGUCGGCCGUGAUUACGUGGAACGAGCACGUACGGCCGAAGAUGUCCAGCAGGUCGACAGAGGAUACCAUUUCCGAUGGCAACGCACUUGGAGCGUCUAG